GCUGGACGUGGGGCACACGAUGCCUCCCGGGGGGGAUGCUCUGAGCCACGGACGGGGCCUGGAUUGCUGGGAGGUUCGGAAGCACAACAGCUCCGAGUGGUGCCACUUCAUCCGGAGCAACCCCGACUGCCGGCUGGACGGGGGCUUCCUCGACUACCUCCAUGGGGUCUUCUGCGUCUUCCCGCCCCGGCUGCUGCCCCUGGCUGUCACCCUCUAUGCUCUCUGGCUCCUGUACCUGUUCGUCAUCCUCGGUGUGACGGCAGAGAAGUUCUUCUGCCCCAAUUUAUCAGCCAUCUCCACCAACCUGAAGCUGUCCCACAACGUGGCAGGUGUCACAUUCCUGGCCUUUGGAAACGGGGCACCUGAUGUCUUCAGUGCUAUGGUGGCCUUCUCCAACCCCCGGACAGCGGGGCUGGCCAUCGGGGCCAUCUUUGGUGCCGGCGUGUUUGUGACCACGGUGGUGGCCGGGGGCAUCGCCCUGGUCAAGCCCUUCACGGCCGCCUCCAGGCCCUUCCUCAGGGACGUCAUCUUCUACAUGGUGGCCGUCUUCCUCACCUUCGUGGUCCUCUACUUGGGCAGGAUCAGGCUGGGAGAGGCUCUGGGGUACCUGGGGCUCUACGUGUUCUACGUGCUCACCAUGGUGCUCUGCACCUGGAUCCACCGGCGGCAGCGGGGGGACGGGCUGGCCCCUCCCGGACCCUGGGAGCCAGAGAUGCCGACAGAUGUGGAAGAGCCGGAGCCCUCGGGCACAAACAGUGGGGACUAUGCGGAGGAGUACCGGCCCCUGCUGCCCUCCCAGGAGACCUCCCUGCGCAUCCUCACCACGGCCCUCAGCCCCUUGGACUACCGCAAGUGGAGGAGGAAGCCCUGGUACUGGAGGCUCUUCAAGGCUUUCAAGGUGCCCGUGGAGCUGGUGCUGCUGCUCACCGUUCCCGUUGUGGACCCCGACAAGGAUGACCUGAACUGGAGGAGACCCCUCAACUGCCUGCACAUCCUCACCAGCCCCCUGCUCUGCGUCCUCACCCUGAAGUCAGGCGCCUAUGGGCUGUACCAGAUCCAGGGCAUCUUCCCAGUCUGGGGACUGGUCACACUGGUUGCCUCUGCCCUGGCCCUCAUCAUCUUCAUCACCACAAGCAAUGAGGAGCCACCCAAGUAUCACUGUGUGUUUGCUUUCCUUGGCUUUUUGGCCAGUGCCAUGUGGAUCAACGCUGCGGCCACGGAGCUGGUGAACAUCCUGCGGACCCUGGGCAUCAUCUUCCAGCUCAGCAACACUGUGCUGGGCCUGACACUGCUGGCCUGGGGCAACAGCAUCGGUGACACCUUCUCCGACCUCACCAUGGCCCGGCAGGGCUACCCCCGCAUGGCCUUCUCCGCCUGCUUCGGGGGCAUCAUCUUCAGUAUCCUGAGCAUGCCAGGGUGGUGGCACAUGGGGCAGGAGCAGCCCCAGUUUCCCUGCCUACAGCCCAGGGAGAGCUCCUCAUGCUGCGGGAUCCCUGGGGAGGAGCUGGGCAGGAGCAUCCCGGAGUGCCCCCGGUGCUGGCACACCCCACCGUGUUGCCACACUGCAAGGGGACACUGAGGGAUUUGGGGGUGGCAGGGACAGAGCCAGCAGCAUCCCCCUGUCCCCACAGCUGCCCCAGCAGGGCAGGAGUUUGGGAUGGAGAUUUGGGAUGUGCCACAGGGAAGGAGGGGAGGGGACCGUGCCUCACCCCGGUGGGGUUUGGGUGGUGCUCAGAGCGGGCUGAAGCCUCUCCUGGAGUGCUCAGGGUUGGAUUCAGCACAGAGAGAGAACGCUUUAGCCACGAGGUGCAGGAAGGAGGAGGAUGUGGGGCAGAGGGCUGUGCUCCCUGGAGCUCUCCUGCGCUGUGUGUCCAUCCUGAACGUGCUCCAGACAUCCUGGUGGGCGUGGGGCUGGGCUGCCUGCUGCAGAUGACCGGCAGCCAGCCGCUGGUGAAGCUGGAGCCUGACAGCC